AUGGGAGACACAUCAGCUGCCGGUCCUCGGCCUCUGCGUGGCCUUGCCUGUCAAGAGUGCCACAGGAGAAAGAUCAAGUGUAACAGGACCUUUCCAUGCGAACGAUGCACUCGGAUGAAGCUGAAAUGCGUACCGAAUUCUCGCAGGCCUCGCGCCAAGAAUGGCGCAGCAGACAAAGAACUUCGUCAACGCAUCGCAAAGUUGGAGGCUCUGGUAGGAGCACUUCCGGAGUCCGAUAUCUCGAAGAAAGCAGAUCUUGAAGCAGCUACACAGUCUCCUUCAGGCACACUAGAGGCUCCAUCGACAACACCCGCUAAAGCUACUGGUCUGAUCGCCAGCGACUUUUGGGCCUCUCUUUCUUUGGAAGUGAAAGCUCUAGCCGAUGUCUUUGAUGACGAAGAUCGCGCCAGUGAUCAAGAACAAGACGACCAGAGCCCGAGUCGUACACUCUCAGUUUCUAGUCCUUCAAAAUCCGUUACAUCAGGCUUCGACCCGAUACUAUGCCUUGCUGCGACUUCGACAGAGCACUUGUCCGAUCUACAGACUCUGGACAGCACGAUGGUAGUUCACCUGUUCAACAACUACCUGCAGUAUGUUGAGCCGCUGUACAAGAUCUUCCAUGUUCCAACACUUCGAGCCUUGGUCGUCGAAGGCAAAUCGUAUCUUGGCCGAAGUGCCAAUGCGUCUUGCAACAUGGCUUUAAGAGCGUCGAUACUAUUUGCUGGCAUAAACUCAAUGAAGGAUCACGAGUGUCUAAGUAUCUACGGGAAGUCCUUGGAUCAACUUGUGUCACAUUUCAAGCGCUUGGUGGACACAGCAUUAUUCAAAGCUGAUCCACUGACCACUACUGAUAUGGCAACAGUGCAGGCGCUGACAUUAUAUGCCGUGACCAUCCGCAUCAUCGACCCAAGUCGACGCGCAUGGUCGAUUAUUGGGACUCUGAUUCGUAUUGCACGUGCCAUGGAGAUCUACCGAGACUCGCCAGGGGAUUCUGCUUUCCUCACACAAAUUCGGCGACGUCUCUGGUCUAAUAUAGUCUCUCUUGAUGCGUACUGCUCGUUUGAUCGUGGUUCAAUACCUGCCUUGCCGACGGAGUCCUUCUCACAGCCGAUGCCGGCGAAUUGCAACGACGAAGACUUCGACGAGGACUCUUUGACAGUCACAGAUCGCGAGGGCCAGAUCACAGGGAUGACUCUGGCUUUGGUCGCGCGGACAGGCUACGAAGCAUCAUUUCGCAUGGCACUACCAGGAUUCAGUUGGGAGCAAAGGCUGGAAAUCGCUCGCGACACUCACGCGACAAUCACUGAGAAAUAUUCACAAUACUGCGAUCCGACAAUCCCUGCGCACGAAGCAGUCUUGCGUGUAGCAAUCGUGAUGAAUCACAGUAUGAUUCUGCAUGCCGUCAGACCUAUCAAUGUCCGCGACGCUGGAUCACCACCAAAGUUCGACUCUCCCUGGGUCAUGGAGCUCGCUCUGAACCUUUUACGACCCGCUGCGGAGCUUUGGGUGAAUCACGAAGGUGGCUAUCGUACGGCUCCUUGGGUCCCUUGGCACUCUAUGGCCGUCAUUCUCGCAGGCCUUUGCUCGAUUCGAGACACACCAAUGACCAAUGAAGCCUGGAACGUCAUCAGCGUAAGCAUGGAUCGGUACUGUCACGAUGUGGCAGAUGGAAGGCAGGGCAUGCUGUGGAAAGCACUGGAGAAGCUGCAUAAGAAGGCUACCGCAUUCCAGAAUGCUUCUCUUCCUGUCGGCACGGGUCUACAAGCUCAGGUUCUUCCUCAGCUGGAAAUACCACAAACAGCGGCAUGGGAUGCUAACCUGAUACCGAUCCUCAAUGCGGAUGUGUCUGGCCUGACUGAUGUCGCCAUGAUGGAGUUUGAUCCCAAUCUUGGUGGCAACAUGUGCGAGUCGGUGCCAGUAGCUGACGAUUGGCUAGACUGGGAAGCAUUGAUGAGGGAUCUGGACGAUAUGAAAGCUGGACAAAUGCUGUGA